AUGUUAACGCUGACCAUCAAAACCCCUGUCAUCACAUACACCCAACCACUGGGCUUGUUUAUUGAUGGUCAGUGGGUGGAGGGUGUCCGAGGGAAAACAUUCGACACAAUUAAUCCCACGACCGAGCAGCCGAUCGUAGCCGUUCACGAAGCCGGCCCAGAAGAUGUUGAGAUUGCUGUCAGAGCAGCGCGCAAAGCCUUCACUGGUAUCUGGUCAAGAACGUCUCCUACAGAUCGAGGCAAGCUCCUUGUGAAGUUGGCGGAGCUCUUCGAAGAACACUCGGAUGUCCUGGCAGCAAUCGAAUCCCUAGACAAUGGAAAGGCGCUGUCCCUGUCCAAGGUCGAUGUCAAGAUAGCGGCUGAGACCUUGAGAUACUAUGGCGGCUGGGCCGAUAAGAUCAACGGCAAGACAAUCGAUACGGACCACGAGCACUUCACCUACACAAGGCAUGAGCCAAUUGGCGUUUGUGGCCAGAUAAUCCCGUGGAAUUUCCCGCUGGUUUCUCUUACCAUGAAAAUCGGCCCGGCACUUGCCUGUGGGAACACUGUUGUUCUGAAGACUGCAGAACAGACCCCUCUGUCUGGCUUAUACGCAGCAACCUUGAUGCAAAAAGCAGGUAUUCCCGCUGGUGUAAUCAACGUUCUCUCGGGUUUCGGUCUCACAGCCGGUGCAGCCAUUGCGGCUCACACAGACAUUGACAAAAUCUCCUUCACUGGUUCGACUGCCGUUGGCCGAAGCAUAUUACAAGCCGCAGCCGCAUCUAAUAUCAAGAAGCUGACUCUAGAACUUGGUGGCAAGUCGGCCAAUAUUGUCUUUAACGACGCUGAUGUCGAAGAAGCGGUCACAUGGGCCCACCUGGGGAUCUUUUGGAAUCACGGGCAAGUGUGCUGUGCUGGAUCGAGGAUCUACGUCCAAUCACGGAUAUAUGACGACUUUAUCAAGACGUUCAAGGCUCGAGCAUCUGCGGUCGUCAUUGGUGAUCCAUUCGACCAGGACACUUUCCAGGGACCUCAAAUCAGCAAAGUCCAGUAUGACCGCAUCAUGGAUUACAUUCAGUCCGGGAUAGAAGACGGAGCAGUAGUUGAGGUCGGCGGUAAGCGCCACGGGACCAAGGGUUACUUCAUCCAACCCACAAUCUUCUCAAAUGUUAGUCGGGACAUGAGCAUCAUGCGAGAGGAAAUUUUCGGCCCUGUCUGCGUCAUUUGCAAGUUUGAAACCGAACAAGAAGCGAUUGAGUUGGCCAAUGACUCCAACUACGGGCUCGCUGCCGCAAUACACACCACGGACAUCAAUACAUCAAUCCGCGUGUCUAACAAACUCAAGGCAGGGACUGUCUGGGUGAACACGUAUAACUCAUUAAGUUACCAAGUUCCGUUCGGUGGCUUCAAAGAAUCAGGAAUGGGUCGAGAAAUGGGGGAGUAUGCUCUCAGCGACUACACUCAGGUCAAGUCGGUUCGCAUCAGGUUGAAGAGUAAUUUGUGA